AUGUACACACUUCGCGAGAAUCAGAAUACAUCCAAUAUGACUCUGUCACCCACGUCUUCACCCAAAAAUGAAGACGUGCCCAUGUUGACUCCAAAGCAGCCACCAAAGACUCCCCUUAAGAAGGAAGACCUUGAAAAGAUUGCCAAGCAACUUAAACGGAAGCUUUCCAAGGCGUCGAUUGCGGCCAAACAGUCGCUUUCCCCCACCAUGAGAACUUCUCCUCAAAGUAGACACACAAGUCCUUUAAAGAACUUCAUGACAAGAAAGCUGAGAGAUCUUUCUGGUCUUGGAGGCUCAUUACCAUAUCUUGGUUCCCCUAAUGGGAAAUCCCCAACCCAGAUGAAAACCCCAGCAGCAGUGUUCUUAUCGUCAUCACCUCUUAAAAACAUGACAGCAGCUGACACCACCAAUGAUUCCGAUAUGCUUGAUUCUCCCACCAGGAGAGGUGCUGAUGCUUCCAGCUUCCAUGAUUCUCCAAUUUCAUUCAAGGGUGAUUCAGCAUCAACUUCUCCAACGAAACUGGAGCCGCAAAUGAUACUUCAAUCUUUGGGUCCACAACAUCUGCAUCAACAACAGCAACAAUUACUGCAUCAACAACAACAACAACAACAACCGCCACGUACUCCACCCAAGGCCUUUGCAUCGGUGUUAAAGCCAUCACCCAAUCUCCAGACAACACCUACUCUUGAAAAGAAACAAUUGGCUACCACCGCCAAUAAUCUUCUUAGAACUCCAACACAGGCCGGGCCCGUGCCUGCGAGUAAUGAGAACGAAGGUGCCGACUUGUUGAUGUAUUUGGCCACAUCUCCUUCUCCUGCAAAGCCACCCCCAGCCAUCUAUGGUACCACUCCAAGAGGCACACAAACACUACAUAAAUCCGGAUCCAAUAAUCCAUCUUCAACUUCAAACAAUUCGUUCAUAGCACCAGCACCCCCACUUACUCCGAAAAGACCAAUCGUAACUACCGCAAGAACUCCACAGAAUAGAUUAACCCCCCUGGUUAAUCUCUUCAACAAUGGGAACAAUAACGGGAAUGUUGCCAAUGGUCUCCCCUCAUCCGGGUUAAUGUUGACCCCUGCUGGCUUCAAUAUGAGUGAUUACUUCAAUUUCUUUACUCCACUGCCCGGUGGUGGGAACUCUUCUGGAAUGACUGGUCCUCAUGGUCUCCCCAAGAAUUUUUUGAAGACUCCUGAUUUCAAUGGACAUCAUGUGAAUUCCAAUAUCAAUAAUGUAACCAAGCAAAAGGUUGACGGUAAGAUGAUCAAUUUUGAUAAAGUGGGACUAUUUGGGAACAAUCCAGAGCCAAAGAAUGAUAAUUAG